AUGCUGCGUAGCGCGCGACCUCUGCUAGCCAGCUCGUCGAGAGCAAUCGCGACAGCAACAACAAAAAGACGGCCCAUUUCCUCACUCAGGCAUGUGUCCGUCCGGCCCGCUAUCAUCACAUCCAGUUCUUCGGCAACGGCUGCAAUAAUACAAACAUCCAAAUAUGCUACUAAGUCGCCCACCGGCAUGCAGCAGGGUAUUGACCCCGAGCAAGACAAGAAGGUCGCCGCGCGGAAACUCCAGGUCAACCCGGAAAACGUUUCGACCGAGUCCAGCGUCCGCCAUUUCUACGAACCCGAUACACAGCCGACAGCGAAACCCGUGCACGAGGGCGUCAAGGCUGACUUGGAAACUGUCAAGGAGACCUUCUCUCUCGAUAGCGUCCCCAAGGAGCCCUACUGGCUGGGCCUGGCUGGGACCCUGCCGUACUUGGGAACCUCCGUGUCCACCCUCUACCUCUCGUGGUGCCUCAACACGGAAUGGCCGAGCUCUUCCGCCUUGGCCAACGGCAUCCUCAUCAGCCACGAUACCGCGCGCCAAUUGCUUGGCCACCUUGAGCCCAUACAGCUGGGCUAUGGCGCCGUCCUCAUCAGCUUUAUAGGUGCCACUCACUGGGGCCUCGAGUAUGCCGAGAAGACGGCAAGCCACGACCGUACUCGCUUUCGCUACGGCCUUGGUGUUUUAGCUUCGGUGGUGGCCUGGCCGACCCUGCUCAUGCCUAUGGAGUUUGCGCUGACGUCGCAAUUUGCCGCCUUCGUUGCUCUAUACUUCGCCGAUGCGCGAGCCACCGUUCGCGGCUGGGCACCUUCCUGGUACGGUGUCUAUCGCUUCGUGUUGACCGCCAUAGUAGGCGGCGCCAUCGCCAUCAGUCUGAUCGGACGAACAAAGGUUGGUGACGCUCAGCCGCGUCUCACCGGGCUAGGCGAGAAGUUUCACGAGCACCGAGGGGAGGAGCAGUAUGAUGAGAAAUGGGAAAAGGCGGAGGAGAAGGAGAGAGAAAAGGUAGCGAAGCAGAAAAAGGCCGAAGAGAAAAAGAAGAAGGAAGAGGAAAAGGCGGCCAAGGAAAAGGAAAGGAAGGAGAAAAAGGAGGGCAAGGGGGAGAAGAAGGACGAGAAGAAUGAAGGACGAGAAGAAUGA